CCAGCAAACAUCACUCGCACUAGGGCCAUGUGGGACCUCUGCUUUAAAAAAAAAAAAGUUUGACUUUUUUUUCUCCACAGCCCCAUUGUAAGAAAUCAGGCAAAUAGAAGCUUGCGGUCGUGCAGUGCACUGACGAGUCCUUCCAGAAGGCAGAAAGCAAUGUUCAGCUUCCUGACGCGCGAGCCAACACACCGACAGGAAGUCCGGACGCGCUCUCGCAGCGGCAGACGGGGAACGCCACCGGUCGGUCUCCUGAAGCUCGCUCUCACUCUCCUGGGUGUGAUUGCUACUUGAUGCAAUUUCCAAAACCUCCCUCUUCUGCCGGCGGUGAAGACCUGCAGAUGCACUCGACCGCGGGCUCGCUCUCCGACCCCGCGUCCGUCUCAACGCUCUCGCCGAAGCCGUACCUGCGGGGAGAAGACACACACGCUCUAUUGACACAACCACAGGUGGUUUGAGUUUUGAGCUGCCGGUCGACUCGGAGGGCUUUUUCUUCUUCUUCUUUUUUUGACCGCGUGGCGUCUUUGGAAGCCGGUAUGUCGUCUAUUGUCGCGGCGUGUUUGGUAUUCGUCCUGCUGGGCACGGGGCAGGCUCAGGUUGCCACACAGACUCAGGAGCAGAGCCAGAGUCCGGGCCAGGGGCUGGACACCGCCGCCACCCCUUGGGGGCAGGUGAUACAAUGGGAGAACAACGGCCGGCUGUUUAGAAUGCUGAACAGCGGAGCUGAAUAUGUCCCCGCCGGAGCAGGGGCCCAGGACCGAGGUCCCAGGGUAGUUGUGGCGGACAGUCGUCCGCGUUCUUCGCACAGACCCCUGAGAGUCAACGUCCGCCGACAGGCUCCCCCGAGAGGAUCCUCCGAAACGGUCCGCGGGCAGGCGAGACAUCCUUUUGGAUUCGGGCAAGUGCCUGAUAACUGGAGACAGACUGCAGGCGGCACAGGGGGUAGUCCGUUCCAAGGAUCCUCGGGAACUCACUUUCGGCCCUCCGCAGGAUCUUCGUCGUCUUCGUCGUCGUCCUUUUCUUCAUCCUCGUACGUACCGUCCUACCCACAGAACCCAUUUCCUCAACAGCCUCCCUUCCAACAAGUACCGUACGAGCCUAGUUUUGGAGACGGGCCCAUUAGGAACUACGAGCCACCUUUUCAGCCGGUUGCAGGUGGAGGAUAUGGUGGUGGGGUAUAUGGUGGUGGUGGAGGAUAUGGUGGUGGAGGGUAUGGUGGUGGAGGGUAUGGAGGUCUGGCCCCGGUGCACCCAGGUUCUCCCACUGAUUUCACUGACGAUAGUUACCGGUACUACCAGGCUUACGCCUACGGGCCCAACCCCGUGGCGCCCGCACGCGCUGCCCAACCACAAGUUAUAGAUGGUCUGGACCACAGAUACACCCACAGCAUCUUCAAUGGGGGGACCGGUCCCGCCGUCCCGGCCCCUGAUGCCAACCGGGCAUCUCCAGGAAUGGUGCACAGGACGGGACCAGCGGGUCAACCACAAGUCAGGAGCCCCCAGUAUGAACAGUUCCCUCCAUUCGGAAGACCCCAGCCUCCUUUCCUGCAGCCCGUUUCUCGAGGCCGAAAUUCUCCAAACUCUGGCCUCGAGAACCCCAGAGUGAAUGUCGGGAGUGUGUACAGGCGAGAACGGACAGGUUUGCCCGACCUGGUUCCUGAUCCCCACUACGUCCAGGCUUCCACCUACAUCCAGAAAGUCCACAUGUACUCUCUCCGCUGUGCUGCUGAGGAAAAAUGUCUUUCAAGCUCCGCCUACAAACCCGAGACCACGGACUUGGACCUGAGGGUCCUGCUGCGGUUCCCUCAGAGGGUGAAGAACAAGGGGACCGCCGACUUCAUGCCCAACAGGCCACAUCACACAUGGGAGUGGCACAGCUGUCACCAGCACUACCACAGCAUGGAUGAGUUCAGCCACUACGACCUACUGGAGGUCAACACUGGCCGUAAAGUGGCCGAGGGACACAAGGCUAGCUUCUGUCUGGAGGACACCACCUGUGACUUCGGCCACCUGAAGCGCUACGCCUGCACCACCCACACUCAGGGUCUGAGCCCCGGCUGCUACGAUACGUACAACGCUGACAUCGACUGCCAAUGGAUCGAUAUCACCGACAUUCAGCCUGGAAAAUACAUCCUAAAGAUCCAGGUUAAUCCCAAAUUCUUGGUGAUGGAAUCCGACUUCACCAACAACAUGGUCCGGUGUAACAUUCACUACACGGGACGAUUCGUUACAGCAAACAACUGCAAGAUAACGCAGGUUUUCUUCCUGCCAUAUUGUGGCCGGACUCAUUAAGGUGGAGGUGCUCCACCUUCAGAUUAGUGCCGUCUGCAGACGCCUCGCUCGCCUCCUGCAGGAGAGAUACCCGCUCCUCCAAAUCACCCGCUUAUCGGCUACACGGCUGCAUGUAGGAGCACGCUCUGCAUGGGCGACCGACUAUUAUGGGAUGUUCUUCAAAAAAUUGAAAAAACAUCUGAUUUUAUUUUUACAAUCGCCAUAUCAACUGGUGUUAUCCCGGCUGCCACUGAUGUGUGUGUGUGUGUUACAGGUUUACUUGGAGAAACGGUCAUUAAUAUGCUUUGCUUAUGUUGCUGUGUGUGUGUGUGUGUGUGUGUGUGUGUGUGUGUGUGUGUGUGUGUGUGUGUGUGUGUGUGUGUGUGUGUGUGUGUGUGUGUGUGUGUGUGUGUAAGUGUGUGUGUGUGUCAUGAGCUCAUAUUCUGCAGAGGUACACACACAGCUUGUGAUGAUGUGAUUAUCUGUGAGGAGGAUUUGCAUUUGCAAGAAAUUAGCAUUUUUCUUAUUGUGUUAUAGAUCGCACAAACAAAGAAGUUAAAGCCUCAUCGUUGUAAAGGCAUGUGUGUGUAUAUAUAUAUAUAUAUAUAAAACAGAUAAAAACAUAGAUAAAAAACUGAAUUUUGAAUCUCGUCAACAUGAACGAGAACAAAAAUAGACAUUUGUGAUAAGUUAUAUUUGCUAAAGAUGACAUUUUAUUGCAGGGCUAUAAUACUGCAAUCAUGUGUGCAGUGGACCGUAGAAACCGGUGACAGUAUAUAUAUAUAUAUAAAUGACAUUUGAAAAUACGGUAGAUAUCCCCCCCCCCCCCCCCCCCCCCUCAGGAGAGUGAGAAUCCAUUAUCUCGUUGUUUUGAUUUCUCAUUCUCAUAUUUGGUCUGUCCCGGCUAACCCCCCCUGACCCCCGUGAUGGGACUUGGUACGGUCUGUUUGUUCAGGCUGGCCACAUGAAGUCACCUCAUUCCAGACAUUACGACGUUCUCUGUGCCAUGAACUCCACUUUGACCGCAUGUGUUUAUAUGAAUAAGUUUGCAUGUUUCCGUGUGUGUGUGUGUGUGUGUGUGUGUGUGUGUGUGUGUGUGUGUGUGUGUGUGUGUGUGUGUGUGUGUGUGUGUGUGUAAGAGAGAGAAAGACAGAUGUGUAACUCCGAAUGAGGCUGAGAGAAGCCGAGUGAUGCAACUCAUUGUUUUAUUUACAGGUAUUACUUUUCCAAAAGUCUUACUGUUAUAUUAUUACAUCUGUUUUUUGCUUCUCUGCGUUCUCCAGCGGCCUGAAAGAAAAGCCUCCCAGCCUCACGUCGGGUACAGGCAGUACCGCACAACGUCCACCGGGAGCCUCGUUUACAGCCGCUGCAAUCAUUUUUCAUUUCUUGGAUAAUUUAAGAACGUUUUUCUUGCAACAAACACGUAUGCAACUGUCCUCAUCCGGAAUGCGCUGGAGGAUGUUUCCCCAGUGAAACCCAAACAGUGUGUGAGUCUGAGCGGAGCGCAUGCACACACCUCCCAGAGGGCUGAACGGAGAACAUCCCACAGGCGGCAGACACUGUGUGACUGAGAUAUGGAAUAUACAGGAUGCACAAUGCCACAGAUGGUCUUAAGAAAGGAGAAUAAGGAGAAUAAGGGCCCGACAUAUUUGCAUAACGGGUCAGAGCCGCCCGUGACGACGGCGUCGACUUAAACCACUCGGCAUUAAACGCUCUGCGACCGGGGCUCCGUGCCAAGAGAAUUAAAAAAUAUCUUUGAAUCUGCCUCCUUUAAUAACACAUGUUCUGACUGUCUGUAGCAGCAUGAAUGAUGUCAUCUGUACUCGAAUGUCUCCGGCGGCAAAUCGGAAGGAGCGCGCGGGCGUCACGGGAAAAGGGGAACGACUCGCGGGGUGCAAACAUGGGGAGAGCGUCCACGAACAUACGGGGAAUACUUUUGCUUCGGAGAGCGUCAUGCGUCUGAUCGCGGAUAAGAGGAAGGAGGAGGAUCUGUAUGUGUGUGUGUGUGUGUGUGUGUGGGGAGAGCCUGCGUCCUAAUUGGAGGGAACCGAUCAAGUGAAGUGAAGCGAGGCUGAUUAGAUCUCCCAGCAUGCUCGGCGGCGAGGCGUCAUUGAAGACAUAGAAACACAGACCCCUCCCCCCCCCCCUCGCCGCGGGGCGUCGUGCCGCUGCAUACGGAGAACCGCGAAGAACACAUCUUAUUAUUUUUUUUUAAGUUGUCCGUCGCGACCAAACUGAGGCUGGUUGUCAUGAAUAUGGAUUUUGUUUCCUCAUAUUUUGGGGCGUUAUUGAGGAACGCCCCCCGCCAACAUCCAUCAUAUCUUUGCAAAAAAACAUAAUCACCGUGUGUGUGUGUGUGUGUGUGUGUGUGGCACACACGCUAAUAGACACAAAUAAAGAAUGAAUUGAAUACAGUAAAUGAAGUGAACAAUAAAACAAGCCUCUCCUCCCAAUAACCUUUCCCAUCACUUACUUUUUUUUUUUUGCUAUAAAAAAAUGAGUUUCGCGCUCCAAUCUUCUCGGCUUAUUGUUUCCUCCGCCCACGUCACCGUUCAGUUGAUCUCGCAUUUAUUUCACUCACGCGGCGCAUAAUCAUAAUUCUGCGGUGACACUGAUGACAAGGUGACAACAUUGAGCGACAGUAAUUUGCUCCCCCCCCCCCUCCCCCCUUUCCCAUUUUUAGCCACAGAGUGUGUGUGUGUGUGUGUGUGUGUGUGUGUGUGUGUUUGUGUGUGUGGGUGGGUUCACGGUGAGGUCGCGUUAUGAGGGAGUGUGUCGGCUCAAAUUAUGAUUAUUAUUUGUGUUCAAUCAGACUUUUUGUCUGGGGGAGCUUUGCCUCCACACUCCGCAUGCAGCACGUGAAAGAGCUUAAUUAAGCUUUUACAUCAUCACUCAAUACUUAAUAUUUAAUACUUAAUACUUCCUCUCAGGCUGUUUUGCAUUGUUUAUGGUAUUUGCAAUAAGCAUACACUACUGUACAAAAGUUUGGGGUCAUCCAGACAAUUUCAUGUCUUCCAUGAAAACUCACUUUUAUUUAUCAAAUGAAUAGAAAAUAUAGUCAAGACAUUGACAAGGUUAGAAAUAAUGAUUAAUAUUUGAAGUAUUAAUUUUGUUCUUCAAACUUCAAGCUUAAAGGAAGGCCAGUUGUAUAGCUUAUAUCACCAGCAUAACUGUUUUCAGCUGUGCUAACAUAAUUGCACAAGGGUUUUCUAAUCAGAUAUUAGUCUUCUAAGGCGAUUAGCAAACACAAUGUACCAUUAGAACACUGGAGUGAUCGUUGAUGGAAAUGGGCCUCUAUACACCUAUGGAGAUAUUUCAUUAGAAACCAGACGUUUCCACCUAGAAUAGUCAUUUACCACAUUAACAAUGUAUAGUGGGUAUUUUUGAUUUAUGUUAUCUUUAUUGAAAAAACAGUGCUUUUCUUUGAAAAAUAAAGACAUUUCUAAGUGACCCCAAACUUUUGAACGGUAGUGUAUAUCUAAUCCUAAACACCUCAUUCAAUCAAACUUGUAUUCCAGCCUCCAAAUCCAGAUAGUACGCAACAUUAAAGUAGAAUAAAAUACAUAGAAAAUCACAAUUAAAAUACAUAGAACUACAAAUGCUUUAUAAAUAUAAAAGCGGUACCCAUGUGUCCACCGCUGGGACUGAUAACUAAACUUUCUGUUUUGAUUAUUUCAUUUUCGGGCUCAUCAACCCGGCAGAUACAUUCAUACAUUAGAUUUCUUAUUUCUUAGUAUUAUCGAUAUAGUGUUCAACUCACUAACUCCUCUUCGUCCAACUUUUCUUUUCAGUUAGAUUUCCCCCCGAUAUUAAUUAAUAAACCGACUAUUGAUGAAGAUUCACACCCCUCCCCCAUAUCCCGCCUGCAAAGGGGCUGAAACACACGACUCUGGACCUCCUGUGUUUCUCUCUAUCUCUCUCUCUCCCUCUCCCUUUCUCUCUCUCUCUCUCUCUCUUACAGCUUAGUUUGCUCACUUUCAUCAACUUUAAGGAGUAUGCAAAUGGACCGAUUCCUCCGGCGUCGCUCGGAGUGCAACAACAGGGUCAUAAAUUCUCAUUAAGGCUUUUUUUCCCCCUUUCCUCGAGAAAAAAAAAAAUGCGGAAAAUUGAAGUUGGGAUUUAUCCGCGUGUUUAUCGUUCCGGGCAAUUGGAACAAAUGAGGAGUUUCUUGUGGAAGGGGAAGAUAUGGAGGCUUCCAGCAUUAAUCGGGGGUCCCUGCUUAAGCCCCUCCCCUCCCCUCCUCUGGCUCUGAGGGGACUGUCAGUCCCUCCGAUUGGCCCAUUUCUUCUCCACGUUUAACCUCCAACCUCCGCUGCCUCUCCACUUCCUGUGACGACUCCCAUCAUCGGAUCUGGACUAAUGUGCCCCCCCCCCCCCCCAUGUCCAGACAGCUGGGUGACCCCCCCCCCCUCCUCUCU